UCCGACUCCGAGAGUUCGAGUGCCGGCGUCGUCUCGAGUCGGCCUAUAAAUACUUCGCUCCAAAUCCUCCCUAAAUUCCGCGCGUCGCCCCGGCUAUUCUUCGCCCCAAGGGGCUCUCUAACGACCCUCUCGAGAACCCUAGAAAUGGAGCAAGAAACCCUAGAAAUCCCCGAGGAUGGGAUCGCCUCCACCGCCGCGGGCUCUCUAACGACCUUCUCGAAAACUGUAGAAAUGGCGCAAGAAACCCUAGAAAACCCCGAGGAUCGGAUCGCCUCCGCCGCCGACCGGACGGCGCAGGAGCCCGCCGGCCCCUCGCUCUCCCGCACCGCCUCCUCCAGCCGCGGCCUUAACGCCGACGCCCCCGAGUUUGUCCCCCGGGCGCCGCCGCCGGGGCAGCACCCGCGGGUGGUGAAGAUCCGCCACGCCCCCCCGCCGCCCCCGGUGAUCCACGCCUUCCACCCGCCGCCACCUCCGCCCCCGGAUAUGAGCCCGCCGUUCAUCUCUCCGGUCCCGAGCCUUGGACCGUUCGAGUACUUCGGGGGCGGCGGCGCCGUCGCGGGCGGAGGAUUUGGGGAGCAUGAGGCGGUUCAGACGGCGGUUGAUGUGGAUCAUGUUCCUCCGCCGGGGAGGGAGGGGCUCCCUGAAGAGGUUGUCCAGAAGAUCACGAAGCAGGUGGAGUAUUAUUUCAGUGAUGUAAAUUUGGCAACUACGGAGCACUUAAUGAGGUUUAUCAGUAGGGAUCCUGAAGGAUUUGUUCCAAUAUCAGUAAUUGCAUCUUUUAAGAAGAUCAAGGCCUUAGUCCAUAACAAUCCCUUGCUUGCUGCUGCUUUACAGACAUCAUCAAAACUUGUUGUUAGUAAUGAUGGAAAGAAAGUUAGACGCUUGCAACCCUUCACUGAGGGAGAUGUUGAAGAAUUGCAGUCACGUAUCGUUGUUGCUGAAAAUCUACCUGAGGAUCAUUGCUACCAAAACCUUAUGAAAGUUUUUUCAGCUGUCGGGAGUGUGAAAACAAUUCGUACCUGCUAUCCUCAGAAUCCUAUUGGCAACCUCAAUGGAACAACUGCUGCAGCUAAUAGAUCAUCAAAACUUGAAGUGCUUUUCUAUAACAAGCUGCAUGCAUUUGUGGAGUAUGAAACUAUUGAGGAUGCUGAGAAUGCAGUCACAGAGCUCAAUGAUGAGAGAAAUUGGAGAACUGGGCUUAGAGUUCGUAUACUAUCUAAAUGCAUGACAAAACAUGGGCCAGGUCAAGGCAGAAAAAUAGGACAUGAAGGUGAUGCAAAUGGAGAUGAAGAUGAAAUUGCCACAACUAAUCAGCCAACUGAGAAGCAAGUGGAGGAUCCAUCUCAGUCAUUUGAGGAUUUAAUGGAGCAUGUGGGUGAGGAGAAUUUCAAUGACAAGGAUGGCAUGGCAAGGCGCAGCAAGGGGCGGGGACGUGGAGGAAAGGGGCGUGGACGGGGGCAGUACCACCAUAAUGACAACCGUAAUGGGGGCCAUGCUAUUGGCACCCCACCUUCAAGCCACCUAAUCCAUGCUGUUCAGCAGCCGGCGGUUAGCAAGCAACCACCCGGACCUCGCAUGCCAGAUGGCACAAGGGGAUUCACAAUGGGACGAGGGAAGCCACUUAACCCCAUCAAUACAGAUUGAUGGCCUUCAACAUUAGCUUGAUGGCGCUGUACUUUGUUAUGUUGAUUGGGGUGAUUUGGAUAAGAGGGUCUGGAGCAGUGAUUAUCAUCAGGUUUAUCAAUUGCUGUCGGCAUGGUGAGCAAGUGUGAUCUUGGACUUGAUUUCAAAGGAGAAUUUUUUUUUCUUUUUUUUUUCUUUUUUUUUUGAUCCUUGCUCCUAUUUGGGGGGAGUUUUUAGGUGUCCUCCAGGACUGAUGUCAGUUUGUCCUUGUCACCUUGUUACAUUGUUUUUCCUUCUGAUGCUAUUUGACAGUUUAUCAUGUGAAAAUGGAAAGAAAGAAAAUCUAGGAGAGGUUGAACUGGUAAAUGUAGACUGAUAAAUGAUGUCCUCUUGAAUAAUUGAUAUAUUUGUAUGUGAAUCUAUUAUCUUAGCUAUAGAAAAUAAAGCUUGUCAAUAAA